GGUGACUUCACCUUUCUGUCGAGUUUUUAACUACACAGAUUCAGUGACAGGUGUCAGUUCACGGACUCUGUGACGAUUUGAACACCCCCAGAGGUAGAAAACGACACAGCUUCAAGGAGUUCAUAACAUCAGGAUGCAGAAGAAUCCGUGUUGUGCGAAGCUGUCCGUCCAGCCCUCCAGAGGACUUGUGGAUGAGAAGUUCAGCAUCUUGGUUCAGAACACGCCGCCUGGAUUCCAGGUGACCCUACACGCCCUCCAUCAAAGUGAUGAUGGACACAACUGGGAGGCGUUCGCUCACUACAACGCCAAUAACACAGGGACUGUGAACGUUUCAGAGGAUCCCAGUCUUGGAGGGACAUACUCUGGGGUUGAACAGAUGGGUCUCCUUUGGAGCCUCAGACCAGUGCCGGGCAGCAAACCUUGGCUCAGGCUGAGGAAGAUGAACGUCCAGACUCCCAUGGAGGUCACCAUCUCUGUGUACCAGGGUCACCAGACAGAGGGCUUUACAGAUCAGGCGCCACUGGCCGGUGUGGUUGUAGAGCGCUGGUACAUGGCGCCCGGUGUCCGCAGAAUCCCGAUCACAGAGGAGGGACUCACUGCGACCCUCUUCCUGCCCUCAGGACCGGGACCUUUCCCCGCUCUCAUUGACCUGUGGGGGGGUGGAGGGCAGUUGGUGGAGUACCGUCCAUCUCUUCUGGCCUCCCAUGGUAUUGCCGCCCUGGCUCUCGACUACCUGACUCCGAAAAUCACCAUGGAAACCGGGAAGAUGGUUGAAAAUGAAUAUUUUGAGAAGGCAUAUAAAGUCCUGGAGCAGCAUCCUCAGGUCCUCGGCAGCAGGAUCGCCAUGUUGGGUAUUUCUUUUGGCGCCGUUAUGACCUUCAAAAUGGCUGUUUACUCUGAAGUUAUAAAGCUCAGGUGUGUCGUGUCUGUCAGUGGGAGUCACGUGCAGCCAAUAGAUGGAUCCGUGAAACAAACAUUUGAUUACUUAAACAAAAAUGCUGAAAAGACCCGCUUCAACGAGGAGAACCAGGCAAUCUGGCGAGAUCUGCUGCUUCCUAUCCCCACUGACCCCGAUUUCAAAGUUGAUGUGGGCCGACUGAAGUGUCCUUUGAUGCUGGUUGUUGGAGAGGACGAUCAGAACUUUGCCACCACUGAGUCUGCAAAGGACAUAAAGGAGAUGAUGGAGCGAGCGGGGAAUAGCCACCUGCUGACUGUCCUGUCGUACCCAAACGCCGGACACCUGAUUGAGCCUCCGUACACGCCACACGUUCGCGCCACCAACUUUGUAACAGUCGGCUCACGUCAGAAGGUGGUGGCUCUGUGGGGCGGGGAGAUGGUGGCACAUUCUCGCGCUCAGGAAGACGCCUGGAGGAAGUUGCUGGUGUUUCUCAGGGAGAAUCUGUACAGUGGCACAAAUCCUGGUGCCACUUCAUUUUCCCACCUGUAACGAAGGUGACAACAUGUGCCACAUGCUCAUACAGAUGAGGCAGUGAAAUGUACUGAUUGUUCCACAUGGCCAUGCAAUAAAACAAUCGAGCAUCACUGUAAAAGAAACAAAAGUACAGAAAUAAUGUAGAAAUAUACAGAUACAAACAUGAAGUGAUUCUGGUUGCAACAUUACAAAUAUAAUAUUGCCUUAAAAGUCA